AUGACCGCGUUGGCGGCGUGUGCGAUUUGUGCGUUUUGCGACCAAAACCAAGCAGCAGCCUUUGAUGCGAUCGAUGCCGCGAACAUGGAUGUCUUCGCGGUUGGAUUCCCGUCAGAUACGUCGCUUUUAGGCCAUCACGAGGAGCGCGAGGCGUUCUCGCAAAUCGCCAUGGCGGGCGAAGACAUUCCGUUCUGGGCGAACAUGGCCAAAUACGCACGAUUUUCCAUUUCUAUCAUGGUUGGUUUCGUGUACAUGUUCGCCAGGCCGGUGGCGAAGUUGAUGAAAGAUCCCAAGACGGCGGCGUUGGUCGUUUUGGUCGCCAUCGCCGGGGUUCAGUUUUUCAAAUUCACGCUGACGGAGAUGUUGGCGAUGAACGAUCCGGAGAGUUUUUUGUAA